UAUUUUUGUCGUACAAAGAAUAAAGUAUUAUCUUUUUAUUUUUAAUCAAGAAGUACGCGUUUCUCACCUUCGUUAUUCGCGCUUGAGUCACAGGCGUAUCAAUUUGUUCGUUUCUUUUAUGUAUAAUACACACGCACACACAUUCACAUGCGUUCUGCGUAUCGCGGAUCACUUGUUUGAUCUCGCGCAAAUCCGUCGCGAGUCGCACGACCGUGGCAAUGUUCUCGUCUUGACGCAUUCUGCAAAAUUGUGAAAAAAUGUUGUAAAUCGUUCUCUUUCUUUGUAUCCGAAAAACAUAAAAAUCAGUCAUGACCGUACUAUCGAGAUCGUGCCUCGAUUUGUCGCGGCGAUGCGGACGUCGUUUCACCUUGGCGCGUCGCGGAUCUUCGAAAAUCCCUCCGGCCGACGAGCGGACGGUCCAGAGAGUCGAGGAGAAGAACGCGGAAGGCUCGACGAGGCGGGAGAAGGAUGAGAAUGCGCGAAGAGGCGACGAGAGUGGCGUAAAGGUGUGCAUCAUCGGCGGGGGAGUGACGCCUCUCUACACCGCGGUUCUCUUGAAGCAAUAUCGGAUUAUCAAAAGCAUACGCCUGGUGGACACGAGGGAUUCCGCGUUGGAGGCCUUGACGGACGCGUCGCACCUGGAGACCAGCCCUCGUAUAGAUCACUUCCGGCGAAAGGACAUAAAACAGGCCCUGAGGGAAGUAAGAGCCUCGGGAAAUACCGAUCGCACGGAAAACUUUCUUGCAGAUCUGUCGAAAAAAGAGGAAAACAAAAAUGCCCAGGCGAGCAUCGUCGCGCUCAUGGACGAGACGGACGUCGCCGCGGCGGGCAGCGCGAUGGCGCGGGAGCAAUUCAAAUCGACGGCCGACUACGUGCGUCAGAUGACGGAUCGGAUACUGCGCUUCUGCCCGGACGCCGUCGUGGCCGUGUUCGCGCGACCCGUCACCGCCACCCUCGCGAUGGUCUCGGAGAUCUGCCGGUGCGCGGGCUGGUGGAACCCCGACCGGCUCGUCGGCUCGACCGCGUCGUACGGCGGACGGAUCGAAGGGACGGCGGCGGCCAUCCUCAACCUGGAGCGCGCGAGCCUCUCGGUGCCGCUGGCCGGCGGCGCCGACGUGCGAACCGUCGUGCCGCUAUUGUCGCGCGCCGUCCCGUUCAACCAAUUCACCAACGUACGGGCGAGAGUCUCGAUCGUGGAUAAUCAAUAUGAUUGUCAGGCGCAACGCAAGACCCUGCUGGAAUCGCUGCGGGCAGGCGACGAGGGGGUGAGGACAGGACCUCUCGGCGAGGGUUCGUCAUUGUCGUCCGGAACGGCUGCCGCGGGACUGCUGCUCAACCUCGCCGCCGGUCUCUCCGGGCAUGAGCGCGUCGUCACCUGCGCCUACGUGCGGUCGGACGUGCUGCCGGUCUGCCGAUUUUUCACCAGCGAGUUGGAGCUGGGGCCGGAGGGCGUCAAGCGAAACCUGGGCCUGCCCAAGAUCUCGGCUGGGGAGGUGCACCUGAUCGAGCAAGCGAUACCCCUGAUUAACGAGCACGUCGACAUGGCGGUGGCGGCGGUCCGGACGGAGAGGACGCGCGCGAGGACGCGCUGACGACUACACCGGAUCGUCCCCCCAAUCUCGCGGGAAAUCUGGCAGAGUCGGUCAAUG